UCUGAUGUGACUCCUUUACUACAUAAGUAUCUUAUUUACCUGCAGACAUGUUUUAUUCACUCUGAAUCUCCAGAGGAGCAGCUAUGAGUUUAACAGCAGCAGCGAGUGGAUUUGUCCUCCUCCUCCUCCUCCUCCUCACUGUACCAGUGAUUCAUGGUCAGGAUGACUGGACAGUGACUUACAGACCUUCUAAGAUCUGUGCUGUAAAAGGAUCCACAGUGAAAAUACACUGCAGCUACACAUACCCAUCUAGAAUAAAUGACCGUGAAACCCGAGUUGAGGAAACAUUUUGGUUCACUAAAGAGAGUAAUGAUGUUUAUGUGGAUCUGAGAACGGACCCGGAGUAUUCAGGUCGUGUGCAGUCUCAAUGUAGAAACAACUACUGCACUCUGACAAUCACAAACGUGAGAGAGAGCGACUCAGCUGAGUACAAGUUCAGGUUCACUACAAACCAACCACGUGGGAAGUAUACUGGUGAUACUGGAGUCUCUCUGUCCGUCACAGAUCUCCAGGUUCAGGUGAACAGAUUAGCUGUCUAUCAGUAUUAUAACCGGGCAGAGUUGACGUGUCAGAGCAGCUGUCUUCCUCCUGGUCAUCCUUACUACGUCUGGUACAAGAAUGGACAGAAGAUUUGGAGACAAACUUCUAUUUCGUACUCGGACAUCUUUUAUCCUUCAAACAGCAUCUCCUGUGCUGUUAGAGGAGAUGAGGGCUUCCCCUCUCCUUCAGUUUAUGCUCCAAAGCUUCCCUCUGUGUCAGUGAGUCCCUCUGGUGAGAUAGUGGAGGACAGUUCAGUGACUCUGACCU